CGGCCCAAGAAGGUCCCGUCCGACAUAUCCAGUCAUGUCCGCGUCAAGACUAUCUCACCGCCGUCGCUCGUCUAUGGCAUUGUCUGGCUUUCACCCUAUCAAGGCUGGUGUCUAUGGCAUCAACACUUCCUCGCCUCGCAACGUUACCUUCGCACCUAAUGUCACACCUGUCACCUACGUAGAGGAGCCAGAGGACGACGCAACGACGCCUGAAGACGACGACACGAAGCCACGUCUCUUCCCACCAUCAGAGGCACCCAAUGCCCCGCCUGCUCGUCGCCGUGUUCCCCCAGGCAAGCGGCGUGGAUCAAGCUACAUCCCACGGCCGCCGAACGCUUUCAUGCUGUUCCGUGCUGAUUUUGUCCGUCAAAAGCACGUCCCGGGUUCCAUCGAGACGAACCAUGGCUCGUUAUCUAAAAUCAUCGGCAACUGCUGGCGGAACCUGCCGCUGGAUGAGAAGCGUGUGUGGGAGAUCCGCGCCAAAGAGGAGAAGAAGCAGCACAAGAUCAAGUACCCCAACUACCGCUUCCGGCCCGUCCACAACAAGAACAAGCCCAAGAAGAAGGACAAGGCGCUCCCCACUUUCCAGGACGAGGCCCAGUGCGACGCCAUCACCCAGCUGCUCCUCGAGGGAAACAAGGGCGAGCAGCUCGCCGAGCGUUGGCGCGAAGUGAAGUCCCCCAUGCACCCAGGCAUCGCCAUGCCCGUGCCGCUUCACUAUAGCCAUCGCCGUUCGUCGUCCGUUCCCCUUCCCGAGGGUUACUUCAACCAGAACUCGAUCGCGAUCCCUUCCGUCCCAUUCGACUUCCACUACUCUACCUCGAAUCCUGACUCGCCGCAGGCCGGCAUGAGCUCCAACCACUUCGGCUUCGGCGCUGGUCAGCGCUACAGCAUCUCCCAGCAGAACCGCAUGCUUCUCGGCCAACGCCGCGCAUCGUCCGCUGGCCCGCUCGGAAAGCCGUACCAGCAGAUGCAGGGGUACGAGUACAAUAACAUGCACUUCGACCCCAACAGUCUCAACCCUGGCUGGGCCGCGUGGGGCCAGAGCUAUGCACCGAGCGAGACCAACGGUUCAGAGCUGGAUCUGCCCCCACAGGUGGACACGACCAUUUUCUCGAGCGACUUCUCGCUCGGCGGGCAGCAACCUUUCGGUGGUGAUAUGAUGAGCGGCAUGGACGCGAUGGGCCAUAGCCCUAUGGAGUCGAUGGGCCCGAUGGCGUACCCGCCUAUGGUCAACGCCCACUCGCCUGGCGUGUACGAUGGAAUCGCGCCUCAUGAUAUGCCAGUUAACCAACAGUUCGACAUGUCACUUUACCCACCCACCGACGCGUCCAAGUUUCCCUCUGCGCAGCAUCUCAACAUGAGCGAGCUUCCCCAGCCCUCUGCAUGGCCCACCGACUUCACCACCCCGCAGAGCGAGCCCUCAUCCGCGUACUCCGGCUCUCCUGCCGCGUCGGACGACAUCCCACCGCACGUGCACGCACCGCAUCCGCACCAUGCCGUGCCCGCCGAGAUGUGGGGCGACGCCUCUGCCUCUCAUGUGCAUUUUCAGGCCCAGCAGCACCCGCAGGAUGGUACAUUCGGUGGCAUCUCAAACGAGGCGCAGUUGCAGAUGGACGGCUUCGUCGAAGGCAUGUUCGACCAGAUGGCACCUCACGCAGUGUCGCCGUACCACCAGUUUGGGGGCGGGUUCGACGAACUACAGGCGACGUUCUAGAUGACGACUAGGCAAGGAUUCCUCGAUGCACAACGAUCCCGAUACCCGCAACUUAAAAACGCUUCCAUUCAAAGACAAGACUCGGCUCCGCUCAAUUUUUUUCUGCUUCUCUUUCAUCUUCAGCAUCUCACAUACACCCAUAAACCACGGAGCCCCUCGCAUCUUCAUUUCUCAUUGACUGUAUCCAUUCUCCAUCUCCAUCGCCUCGAAUUACGUCUUCCGUUUAAUCGCUCUUCACGCCUUAUUAGACGCUUUACGCCUUCUUGCCUCCCCGCUCGUUUCGGACGGGAGUUUCUCGGCCUGUGACUUAUUACUGCAUAUAUACAUUGUGUUCACGUUAUACGGACUCUCCCCCUCCCGACCUGAUCUACGCUUGACCUGAUUUGAUACAACCUGUAGCCAUAUUACUGUUCUUCUGUUUUGAUCUCUCUAUGUGUUUCUCUCUAUCUACGUCUCGAUAUAUCUCGCGAUUCGUCGCGCUGUGUAGCUUUAUUAUAAUUAGUUCUCGUCGUUGCGGUUGUUUGAAUGCACGUUGGUAUACCCC